UAAACACAUGUUUUGACAUAACCUGUUUACACGAAGAACCUAACAAUAACAAUCAUUCAAAAUUGUUACAAAUAUGACUGCCACAGUUAAAGGAAACGUAUUAAUUUAUAAAGGAAGUAAUUUCUUUAAACAAAGACUUAUACUGUCUGUACUUAGUGGGAAAUCGGUUAAAAUAACGGAUAUUAGAGCCUUAGAUGAUGAACCUGGUUUACAAGAAUUUGAAGUUAGUUUGAUAAGGCUUUUGGACAAAAUAACCAAUGGUACUGUGGUAGAAUUAAACGAAACUGGCACAUCAGUGUUUUUUCAACCUGGACUUUUGCAUGGCGGUACUGUAGAACAUGAUUGUUCUGUACAACGAGGAAUUGGGUAUUACUUAGAAGCACUUUAUAUUUUGGGGUUGUUUUGUAAACAACCCCUCAACAUUACUUUGAGAGGUGUUACAAGCAAUAAUAUUGAUCCUUCUGUGGAUGUUAUGAGAACAUCCAUGAUGCAAACACUCAAAAGAUUUGUGUUAGACGACGACGAUUUAGAUUUAAAAAUAAAGAAAAGAGGGAUGAGACCUUUAGGAGGUGGUGAAGUAGUAUUUAGAUGUCCUGUAAGAAAACAAGUCCGUCCUAUACAACAAUUAGAUGGUGGUAUGGUUAAACGUAUUAGAGGGACAGCUUAUGCUUUAAGAGUUUCACCUGCCAUGGCCAACAGAAUAGUUGAAUCUUCUAAAGGCGUGCUGUUAAACUUUUUACCAGAUGUUUUCAUAACUACAGAUCAACUGAAAGGAAAACAGUCUGGUAAAAGUCCUGGUUUUGGAAUUCAUCUGGCAGCAGAGACUACAAAUGGAGUCAUUUAUUCAUCAGAACAAGUUUCAAAUAUAGCAUCAGAAGGGGAAACAUCUGUACCUGAAGAUAUUGGUGUGGCUGCUGCACACAGACUAUUAUAUGAAAUAUAUUUAGGUGGAGUUACUGAUUCAACAUCUCAAGCUUUAGCUAUAGUUAAUAUGGCUUUGGGCCCAAAGGAUGUAUCAAAAAUAGUAACAGGACCACUAACUAAUUAUACAAUAGGUUUACUUAGGCAUUUAAAAGAAUUUUUUGGAGUGACGUUUAAAAUAGAACCCUUUGAAGAUGAAGAACAGCAAACUGGAUCUGGUUCUGAAAAAGUACUUUUAACUUGUGUUGGAAUUGGCUAUACCAAUAUUAGCAAAAGAACAAUUUAAUUGUAAAAUUGUAUUUUAUGUAAAAUAUUUUAUAAUAAAAUUUUGUCUAAAUUUU